AUGAAAAAGGGAUGCAGCGUGUUCGUAGGAAACAUAGACUUUGACGUGCCCGAGGAAAAACUAAUAGAACAGCUGGGCACAAUAGGCCGUGUGGUAUCAUUUCGCAUGGUAUACGAUCACAAGACAAAAAAGAGCAAAGGCUACGGCUUCUGCGAGUAUGAAAACAAGGAGAUCGCCCAGCUGGCAGUCAAAACGCUCAACAUAUCGUUCAACAACAGGCAGGUAAAGAUAAAUUACGCUGAAAAUGACAUGAAACGCAAGAAUAGUUCGUGGAAGAUUGAGGACGUGCUCAAGAAGAUGGAUAAGGUUAAUUUGUUGGACGUGUUGAAGUAUUUGAAGACGAUGGCUGUGAACAAUACGGGGGAGUUGAGGAGGAUGCUGAGGAACGAGCAUUUUUGUGCGCUGGUGGUGGGCGCGUUGGUGAAGCUGGGGCUUGUUGAUGAGGAGGGGGUGUGUGAGAUCGUGGGCAGGGGAAUGGGCAUUGAGGGAGGAAAAGAGCACGUGCUGAUGCACAUUCUGCAGGCCAAAGAAGAGGAACUUGCAGUGUAUGAUGAGCAUACAAGAGAAAGGAUCAUGCUGCUGAGGAAUAUGUUGAUCAAAAAGGACUGAUGGAGAACAGCAACGUGUUAAUUGGUAGGAGAUGAGGUACAAGGCAUGCGUACUGCCCAAUGAUGUGUAGCAGAGCGUGCGUCAUUAAAGUAAAUUUACUCUUUUUUGUAGCGAAGCAUAUUUUUGAAAAUCAUUUAUUGGGACUUUCACCUACCGCAGCGGCUGCGCCUCACGGUACCGAGCGGAACGUAUGACCGCACGGAGAGGUGCGGUUGCGAUAGGUGAAUUUAGCCUGGCGGAUGAAACGAGCUACCAGCG